AUGGCAUCCUGGCCGGGUACCCCACGGAGCCAUUCUGCAUUGGCGUCAUUUGCUGGAGAUAUAUGGGAAGAUACUAGGAGCGAGAUCUACUACGCUGCCAGGUUAUCACCUAUGUUGCAACCAGAAGAGGACUGCCCAGUAUGGAUGUCCCCAGUCUCAACAGCAACCGACACCUUGCAACCAAACUCCCGUUGGAUAUCCGAGGACUCUCCUCCCAAAACUACAUCAACUGUCCCGCUAUAUGGAUACCCUGCCGAAGAGGUCAUUGAAAGUGACCCAGAUUUGAACCCGAGAGUUCAGAGCAUCCACGAAACACAGCCUUGCCUAUCUUCAACCUCAUCCCAACAAUUCCACCUCCCCUAUGAUUUGCCAGUGCAUAUACGAGAUAACGACGUUCAUCUAGCAACCGUAUUAGAUAAAGUUGCCGCCAUCCAGGAAAAUGUCUCCAUCCAACGAUCUCAUGCCAGGAAUCUCCGCACUGCACUUCGACACAAACGGGAACAAGAGGAUAAGGCUCGACUAGCCCUCCGGAAUAACCUCAAUUCUACCAGGCCCGACGAGGUGGAUGCAAAAGUUGCGAGGAUAAACCAGAGUAUCGAGAACCUACAGGCAGCCACAGCGUCCUAUCUAGGGCUGGAAACUGAAUACCAAAUGGUAGAAGAUGGAUUAGAGCAGAAAGAACAAGAUCUAGAUAAGCACAUGGCAGAGCUUACUGGUAUCCUGCGCAAAGAGGCUACCCUCCUGGCCCAAGAGCAGCAUGACAUCGAUAUCCAUUCCGAGUCCGACUCACCAGUGCACCGCAAUAUACCGAGUCUCAACGAGCUUAACCCAGGCGAGACGGAAUACAUGAAAAUAAUUGAUCAACAGAAGUUCCGCGGGCAGAAUGCUAUACCCCUCAACAAUAACGCGCAGCUGUUCCUUGAACAGUAUGAAGACGAAAGAAACGACAUUGAGGAGGAAUUAAAUGAAACACGUCUUCGACUCGAGAAUCAUCCUGGGCGCAAAAUGUCUCAUGAAGAUACCGUCAUAGUCACAGACGAUGAAUGGCGGGAUUUGUUGAGGGAGUAUCUCCCUGAUUACUCCAAAGAUCAACCAUCUCCAGAUCCACUGCGUGCAUCUAAAUUGGAUGAUCGCUCGCCAUUUUUUGAAACGGCACGCCCUCUUCCAUUAAAUAAGUCUAAUUUUGUUAACCAUUGGCUUCUCUAUCGACUGCGUCAUUCUGCGAUCGAAAUUUUACAGUUUAAGUCUCAACCUGAGCUAGUUGACUUGAUGGAAAAGGGUUGGGAUGGGGAUCGUAUCAGUCAGAUGGCUAUGAGGCUAUGGUAUGAAGAUGGGACGACAAAGGUAGAGACGGCCAGUUAG